GCAGAGGGCGCGAGCUCCGUGCAGCAGGCAGCAGCAGCAAGUGGCGGCGGGCGCGCGCUGCCAUUCCAGCACUCAUUCCCACGGUGCAACGGAACGGAGCGCACUCAGCGACUACCUUAACCCUUCAAACUCCGCCCACCCCUCAACCAAAAACUAACAUCCCUCACUCAAACACAGCUCAACGACAGCAGCGGCAGGGAAACACUGUGACGUUUGUGAAGUGCAGCUGUUGACGCCACGUCGACUUAAAUAAACAGAAAACACUGUAACAGGUGUUUCGUUCUUUCUUUCUUUCUUUCUUGUUCCGCCGUGCACCAUGCUGGAUCCUUCCUCCAGCGAAGACACCGGCGGGGAGUCCGACCCAGAAGUUGUGCAGGAGCCUCCAAGGAAAGCGGCUGGCUCCUCGGCGGGGAAACGGGGCAACAACAACAACAGCAGCAGCAGCGGCGGCGGCAGCAGCAACCGGGCGGGGGGCCAGAAGCGGCAGCCGGCCGCACCUGGAGCUGCCCCCGGCAAAGGUGCCAAAGACAACAACGCUACUACAGGUGAAGAGGAGGAGAGGAAAGAGCGCGAGCGGAUCCAAAAGGAGGAAGAAGAGAGGAAAAUUAAACUGCAGAUCUAUGUGUUCGUCCUGCGGUGUAUAGCCUACCCCUUCAACGCCAAGCAGCCCACAGACAUGGCCCGACGGCAGCAGAAGGUGAACAAGCAGCAGCUUCAGGCGGUGAAAGAUCGUUUUCUGGCCUUCCUCAGCGGGGAAACUCAGAUUGUGGCGGAUGAAGCUUUCUGCAACGCUGUGAGGAGCUACUAUGAGGGCUUCCUGAAGAGCGAGCGAGUUUCCCGGAUGGUUCAGAGUGGCGGCUGCUCGGCCAACGACUUUCGCGAGGUCUUCAAGAAGAACAUCGAGCGACGCGUCCGCAGCCUCCCGGAGAUCGACGGCCUGAGCAAAGAGACAGUUCUCAGCUCCUGGAUCGCCAAGUACGACUCCAUCUACAGGGGGGAUGAGGAUAUGAGGAGGCAGCCUCACCGGGCUCACCUGAGCGCCGUGUCGGAGCUCAUCCUCAGCAAGGAGCAGCUGUACGAGAUGUUCCAGCAGAUCCUCGGCAUCCGGAAGUUUGAGCACCAGCUACUGUACAACGCCUGCCAGCUGGAUAACGUGGACGAGCAGGCGGCUCAGAUCAGGAGAGAGCUGGACGGAAGGUUACAGCUGGCUGAGAAGAUUUCCAGAGAGAGGAGAUACCCAAAGUUCGUCUCUGCAGACAUGGAGCCUCUCUACGUGGAGGAGCUGCGGUCGUCCGUCAACCUACUCAUGGCCAACCUGGAGAGUCUGCCCGUGUCUAAAGGAGGUCCGGACUUCAAACAGAAACUCAAACGCUCCUCGCUGAACAACUCCUUCUUAGACAUGGGAGACGAGGGAGACAUCCUGUCCAAGUCUGACGUCGUGCUGUCCUUCACACUCGAGAUUGUGAUCGUGGAGGUCCAGGGUCUGAAGUCUGUGGCUCCCAACAGGAUCGUUUACUGCACCAUGGAGGUGGAGGGAGGAGAGAAGCUGCAGACGGACCAGGCCGAAGCCUCCAGACCACAGUGGGGGACUCAGGGGGACUUCACCACGACUCACCCUCUGCCCUCGGUCAAAGUGAAGCUGUUCACAGAAAGUACGGGAGUCCUGGCUCUGGAGGACAAGGAGCUCGGCCGGGUGAUCCUGAACCCGACCACCAACAGUCCGAAGCAGACCGAGUUUCACCGCAUGGUCGUCCCAAAGAACAGCCAGGACUCUGAGCUGAAGAUCAAACUGGCCGUCCGCAUGGACAAACCGCCCAACAUGAAGCACAGCGGGCACCUGUACGCUCUGGGACAGAGAGUCUGGAAACGCUGGAAAAGACGAUAUUUUGUUCUUGUUCAGGUGAGUCAGUACACAUUUGCCAUGUGCAGCUACAGAGAGAAGAAGGCCGAGCCGGUGGAGCUGAUGCAGCUGGAGGGCUACACAGUGGACUACUGCGACCCUCAGCCAGGUCUGCAGGGUGGUCGGGUGUUUUUCAACGCGGUGAAGGAAGGCGACCUGGUGAUGCUUGCCUGUGACGACGAGCAGGACCGGAUGCUGUGGGUCCAGGCCAUGUACCGAGCCACGGGACAGUCCUACAAACCGGUCCCACCGCUGCAGAACAAAACUACAAACUGUAGAGGAGGACUACAGAAACCAGCAUCCCCCAUCAGUCUGGACCCGUCUCAGCGUCAGGGCGUGGAGGAGCUAAUCUCUGCGGGUCCAUCUCGCUUCGACCACGCCGCUCUAUUCACCAUUUUACAGAAAAGCACCCUGCAGCACCGCAUGAACGACUCCUUUUCCUGCCUGGGUUGGUUCAGCCCCGGUCAGGUGUUCGUCCUGGACGAGUACUGCGCCCGUUACGGCGUCCGAGGCUGCCACCGUCACCUGAGCUACCUGAAGGACCUGAUGGAUUACUCGGAGAACAACGCGCUGGUAGACCCCACGCUGCUGCACUACAGCUACGCCUUCUGCGCCUCCCACGUCCACGGAAACAGACCCGAUGGGAUGGGGACGGUGACGAUGGAGGAGAAAGAUCACUUUGAGGCCAUCAGGAGCCGCCUCAUGGCUCUGCUGGAGAACCAGAUCACAUAUUUCAGGUACUGCUUUCCCUUUGGACGACCAGAUGGGGCCCUGAAGGCGACGCUGUCUCUGCAGGAACGGGUGUUGAUGAAGGACAUCACCACGCCGGUUCCUCCUGAGGAGAUGAAGAAACUGGUGCAGAGGUGUCUGGAAAAAGCAGCAAAGAUCAACUACAGCCAGCUGAUGGAGUACGCUCAGAUCAAAGUGGAUACUCAGGCAGCUGCGGAGAAAAGACUGGAGGACAUGUUGAGGUUGGGAGAGCUCUCCAUCGAAGUCCUGCAGCAGAACGAGGAGCAUCACUCCGAGGCUUUCUCGUGGUGGCCGGAUCUGAUGGCUGAACACGCCGAGACCUUCCUGUCUCUUUACAGAGCGGACAUGGACGCCGCUCUCCAGAUACAGCCUGUGGACUCUUGGGACAGCUUCCCACUCUUCCAGCUCCACAACAACUACCUACGGACAGAUCCUCACCUGUGCAAUGGACCCUUCCACAAACACCUACAGGACCUGUACGUGCCCCUAGUGGUCCGCUACAUCGACCUGAUGGAGUCGUCCAUCGCUCAGUCCAUCCACAGAGGCUUCGAGCAGGAGACCUGGCAGUCUGUAAAGUCAAUAACUAACAAUCUCGCCAGCGUUCCUCUUCCUAAAGUCCCCAGCCUCCCUCUCACGCUGCCACCGAUGCCCAGCUUCUCAGCGCCGGCUUGGAUGGGACCACUGUGUGAAAACACCCUGCAAGGGAUAAAUCUACCCGACGUCUUCAAUGGCUCGGCCACCUCGGAGGAUUUGUUCUGGAAGCUGGACGCUCUACAGAUGUUCGUGCUGGACCUCCACUGGCCAGAACCUGAGUUCGCCAAACAUCUGGAGCAGAGACUCAAACUGAUGGCGAGCGACAUGAUGGAGGCCUGCGUCAAGAGAACAAAAACGUCAUUUGAUUCCAAAAUGCAGAAAGCAAAUAAGUCGACAGACUUCCGGGUGCCGCUGUCGGUCUGCACCAUGUUCAACGUGCUGAUGGACGCAAAGAAGCAGUGCUCCAAACUCUGCGUGCUGGACACCGGACAAGAGUUUGACAAACAAUGGCAACAGUACCACUCCAAAAUCGAUGUUCUGAUUGACGACGCAUUGAAAGAAAUGAUUUCGUCGCUCGUCACGAGGUUUUCUGCCGUUUUGGACAGUGUCCUCUCCAAGCUCUCCCGAUACGAUGAAGGCACAUUCUUCUCUUCCAUCCUCUCUUUCACGGUGAAAGCAGCUGCCAAAUAUGUGGAGGUCCCUAAACCAGGGAUGGAUCUGGCCGACACCUACAUCACCUUCGUACGACAGAACCAGGACAUCCUCCGAGACCGUGUCCAGGAUGAGCUCUGCAUCGAGAAGGUUUUUGAUCAAUGGUACACGUGCUCCACGAAGGCGGUGUGCAUUUGGCUGACGGACAGACUGGACCUGCAGCUUCACAUGUACCAGCUGAAAACACUCAUCAAGAUUGUAAAGAAGACCUUCCGUGACUUCAGGCUGCAGGGCGUCCUGGACGGCACGCUGAACAACAAGAGCUACGAGACCGUCUACAACCGCUUGACGGUGGAGGAAGCCACGGCGGCGGUCAAAGCGGGCGACGGCCUGCAGGGAAUCAGCAUGAGAGACAGCGAUGAGGACGACGAUUGAACACACACAUCUUACCUUCCUGUACCGGGUUACUACCUGAGUAUCAUCUUAGAGAACGGCUCGGACCUUUAGUACAGUCAGAGACGAUUCCUCCCGCUGAGUUGUUUCUUUCUCAAGAUAAAACAGAAACUACAAACCGUCUACAGACAAUAAAUCAACGUUUACAGAUCGCUGCUGUGUAAAAUAGCCAUUUCCAACGUGGAAAGCUAAGCUAAUGGUCGCUAGUGAGGCGUGUUGUGGAUAUAUUUCCUCGACUGAAAUCCUCGUUUCACUCGAUCAAAGUGUUCGCUGAAGUCAGAUGUUUCAGUCUGAGGAUCGAUGACCCACUGCUCAGUAUACAAACGUGCUGCACGGCGUUUAGCGGGGACAGGAAAUGCAAAUGUUCUACAGGUCUGCAGAUAAUAAUACCUUUAUUUACAUGACACAUUUUAAAGUGCUUUGACAGACAAAUCACAGAAGCAGUUCUAUGUUACAGGUUAGCAAGCAGAUUUGGUUUUAAUAGAUUUUUUUUAUUUAAUAUACACGUCGAAAAGACUUCAACACGAAGUAAACUAUAAUAUCAUACAAAUUAAACUAAAGUACCGUGCUUAUGUCCUUAAUUAAAAAAAGAUAGUUAUUUUUGAUUGGCUGGUUUCAUGGUCAAAGUAGCCAUGCAUGAAGCAGCUAACAACAGCUAGCAGUCCGAGCGCCACUCUUCAAUUUGAAGAACAUGAAAAAUAUGUGUCUUCUUAUUUGUGAUGAUUUAGGUGCUAGUUAGCUUGUUAUUGUUGUAAACCCUCCAUCCUGAUUUACUCGUCUAGUGCGGUUCAUGAGCUCUCGGGUCAUAGAGUGAGCACAUUGAUCGUGAGCUGUGGUCGUGCGUUGAACGAUUCAGUCGUACAGUGUGACCUGGCGCUCCACCAGGACAUGUUAUGCAAUCGUCCAGUGUACACCGGGCUUUACUCUGCAAAGUACGACGGUGUCUUCAACGGUCUGACACGCGUAGUAGUAGUAACUGUCAUUUAUCCUGACUAAAGGUCCCGAUCAGGUAAGGGUGAACACUCAGGUAGUAACCUCCCCUCCCCAUCCCACGCUCAUUACCCGGACACUGCUGUACAUAUGUGUUGAGGUGAACACACGCACACACACUAGUGAGAAUGUACUUCAAACGGGACGUCGAGGCGAGGCGAGGCUUCUGAAGGACUCUCUGUACGGUGCUGAGACGAACCUCGGUCUCCCUCUCUCACCUGCAGGACAGGAAGCCCCGCCCACGCCCCCUCCUCCACGAGCAGCCAUACUUUAAUUGAUGUCACUUUGUACAGUAGAGCUCAGCGAUGGUCGUUAGUGCAGCUCUUUCCUGUUUUGUUGUGGCGUGUUGUUCGAAACCCCAAACAUUUCUCUGGCAGCUUCAAACCCCCCCCGGUCCAGGCCAAAUUGAUGCAUCUCGUUUUUCUGCAGCGAAAUGAUCUCAAGAGGUUUAUCUGAAAGGAAGCUUGGAAUUGUAAGGUUGUAGCAGCUCCCCGCCCAGAAACGUCCCGAGUCAACCAGAAAUAAGCAGAACAGUAAAGUCCAGUCAGAGGACAGGGUCUCUGCAGACACAGUCACCACCACACAUGUAUGGAGGCCCAGAAGGGACGGUGGAGCAGCUUCACUUUAGGAGAAGUCUGUAUUUUAUUUUGAAGGUGAAAGCUGCUGACUCCGUCUUUAAAAAAGGAAAUGAAUCUUUUACCAGUUCGUCUUUGUCCUUUCUUAUUAAGUUCGUCUUACCCUGGAGUGUUUUUAAUUCCAAACCUGUUUGAGUUUCUUGCCCUCCAUGUUUCAUUUAUCAAUCAGACUUUCAAUUAGUUUUAAAGGUAUCAAAAGAAGUGAUCGUUAAAUGUAUUGGCUGCAUAUAAAGAUGGACGACAUGUGUACCUAUCAUGCAAAAGUGUGAUGUUUUGGCUUCACUUUGAGGGAGCUGUCAUGUCCUCCAUCUUUUCAAAACAGUCCAUAAUAAAUUAAUUAAUUAUAACGAAACCUGGAAGUCCUUAACAGCUAAAUCAGUGGUUCUCAAUUUGUCUAGCCCACCAACACCAGCUCCUCCCUGAAAAACAGGGACCCAAAUUUGUGAUAUUUUUCAACCAAUCAGAUUUAUUAAAUGCUAAAUUGUGCAGUUCUUUGCAGCUUCCGUGAAAUAUUUUGUAGCUCAGGCGAUGCAAAGCAUCUGAAGGAAGC